AUGCCUGACCGGCAUCUACAAGAUCCCGUGGACGAGGAACACAUGGAAGAAGAGUUUCUAGAUGAUGCAGACGCAGAAGAGAUAGUCCAGGUCGACGAUGACCAUCCGAUGGAAGAAGAGGACGAAGAGUUGCUGCUCGAGAACGACUCCUGCGCGCAUUUCGAUAAGCAUACGGACUCGAUAUUCUGCAUCGCACAGCAUCCAAUUCAUACCGAGAUCAUAAUUACUGGCUCUGGGGAUGAUACCGCAUAUAUAUUCGACUCCAGUCAGACGGCUGCUGAGAAACCGUUGCUCCCCAAAAGCUACGAGACAACGCCGCAACCGAGCAAAGAGAGAGAAUCGCUCCCGGUGAUUGCACAUUUGGACGGUCACAAGGACUCAGUAAACGCAGUGUGCUUCACAGCUCCGAGGGGAGAGUAUGUGAUUACCGCGGGCCUGGAUGGGAAGCUACGCGCCUGGAAAGAUACGAGUGAGAAUCUAACGGGGAGGUCAUGGCAGUUCCUGGCCGAGUCUCAGGAAGUGGAGGAGAUCAACUGGAUCGCGACUUGUCCGUCUAGCAGCAAUGGCGAUAACGAACAAACUCGGAAUAUUAUUGCGAUUGGUGCGAACGACGGCAGUGUAUGGGUUUACCGUGUGGAUGCGAGUGAGGACGCUGCAGAGCCACUGACCAUUGUGUCCACGUACUUCCAGCAUACAGCAUCUUGUACGGCUGGCGCUUGGACUCCAGACGGACAACUGCUAGCUACUGUGUCUGAAGAAGGAAGCUUCUACGUCUAUGAUGUCUUUGGAUCUGCGGCUGCUGCCGGAGUGACCUCUUCCGCAGGUACACAAUCGGUCGUCGCAUUGACUGUCCAGGACCAGAGGUUCGCCGUUGAGGGAGGACUAUAUUCUGUUGCCAUAUCACCGACGGGUGCAUUUGCUGUUGUCGGUGGUGCAGAAGGACAUAUAAAGGUGGUUGGCCUACCGCGUCUGUCUGAUACGUCAGCAAAGUCGAAAUCCAAGGGCAAAGGAGGAGCUGGUGCGUCUAGCGGAGGCGGAGCCGGCACACUUCUUGCAUCUCUCCAAGCGCAGUCAGACGGCAUAGAGUCACUUUCCUUCUCCUCUCCUCCUUUGAACCUUCUUGCCGCUGGGUCUGUGGAUGGAUCCAUCGCCCUAUUUGAUGUGGCACAUAGAUUCGCCGUUAGACGACACAUCCGUGGAGCUCACGAGGAAUCAGCUGUGGUGAAGGUUGAGUUUGUUCAUUGCGAGACCAAUGCUUCCUCGGCCGGGACAUCGUCAGGGAGACCGUGGCUGCUCACCUCUGUGGGCAUGGACGGCGUGGUAAGGCGGUGGGACACCCGUGGAGGCACCGUGGCCGCUGGCCAUGGGCUAUUGAAAGAAUGGAGAGGCCAUGUGGGUGUUUCUGAAAACGAAGAUGGAGAGCAAUCGGGUGGUGUAUUGGGCUUUGUACAGGGUGAUAGGGAAGGUAGGCGGAUAGUCACUGCUGGUGAUGACGGGAUAGCUCUUGUAUUUGAAGAGUAA